ACGGUGUAAACAAAAAUUAGGAAAACAGGUUUUGUUUCAUAAUCUUAAUUUUAUACUUCAUUAUAAAUUGUUUACCGAUCAAUACUUUAUAAGGAUAUCUAAAAUAAUAAAAUAACCUUUCUUGACAAUUGUGGCAUUCCCAGCAUAUACGGAUGUCUCACAUUAACUGACCGGUGACAAAACCAGCAUGUCCAAACAACAUGCAUACUGGAGACGCAAACUUCCGCUGGGCUUCCAGUACUAUUUGCAGCGACUGGCUCGUAGGAUCAUCAGCGGGCAGCCGGAAAACAUUUACCAGUUCGCAGCGGAAUACCUGGAGGAGAAGCUGAGGGAGAGAAAUGCGGAGUUGUCCCUCCUGCCACAGGAGACGUACUUCAAAGAGCUGAUGAGGCAUGUCAGCGAGUCACAGGGAGCGUCAUGGCAGGAACUGGGAGCUCAGGGAGACCUCCCCGUUCAGAAAGCUGACAGUUUCAACACACCUGUACUCCCGGCACAAGAUCAAGACUUGGUAUUGGAGCCACAGACCGAAACCCGCCCUGAUCCAAAUAACAUUAAGUCAGCGACAUCUGUUGACAGUAUCCCGGGUCGUGAUUUCACCAACACAGCGACAUCUGUAGAGAGUACAACUGAUCGAGACUUCACUAACACAGAGUCAUCUGUUGAGAGUAGCACUGAUCGAGACAUCACUAACACAGAGUCAUCUGUUGAGAGUACAACUGAUCGAGACUUCACUAACACAGAGUCAUCUAUUGAGAACAUCAAAGAGAUAUCGUCGGACAUUAUGGCCACCGCAGUUCAGCAGCCUCUCGAUUCCAGUCUUAACACGGACGUGGAAGCGACAAAGGUUUCGUCAGUGGACCCACAACCCGAGCAGCCGUCGAGCGAGUCGAGCGAGUCCCUCCCAGGCCAGUCUGCCUCGGAGGAGGGACAGAAAUCUGAACCAGAAUCCAAACCUGCAGAAGAAGAGAAACCAGCAGAAGUAGAAUCAAAACUCACAGAAGAGCAGAAACCCGCAGAAAUAGAAUCAAAACCUGAAGAAGUAGAAUCAAAACCCGCAGAAGAGCAGAAACCUACAGAAGUAGAAUCAAAACCUGCAGAGGUAGAAUCAAAACCAGAAGAACAGAAACCUACAGAAGUAGAAUCAAAACCUGCAGAGGUAGAAUCAAAACCAGAACAACAGAAACCUACAGAAGCAGAAUCAAAAUCUGAAGACCAGAAAGCCGCAGAAGUAGAAUCAAAACCUGAAGAAGUAGAAUCAAAACCCGCAGAAGAGCAGAAACCUACAGAAGUAGAAUCAAAACCUGCAGAGGUAGAAUCAAAACCAGAAGAACAGAAACCUACAGAAGCAGAAUCAAAAUCUGAAGACCAGAAAGCCGCAGAAGUAGAAUCAAAACCUGAAGAAGAGGAGAAACCUGCAGAAGUUGAAUCAAAACCUGCAGAAGUAGAAUCAAAACCUGCAGAAGAACAGAAACCCGCAGAAGUAGAAUCAAAACCUGCAGAAGAACAGAAACUCGCAGAAGUAGAAUCAAAACCUGCAGAAGAGCAGAAACCCGCAGAUGUAGAAUCAAAACCUGCUGAGGUAGAAUCAAAACCUGUAGAAGAGCAGAAACCCGCGGAAGUAGAAUCAAAACCUGCAGAAGAAGAGAAACCCGCAGGAGUAGAAUCAAAACCUGCAGAAGAACAGACACCCGCAGAAGUAGAAUCAAAACCUGCAGAAGAGCUGAAACCCGCGGAAGUAGAAUCAAAACCUGCAGAGGUAGAAUCAAAACCUGCAGAAGUAGAAUCAAAACCUGCAGAAGAGCAGAAACCCGCAGAAGUAGAAUCAAAACCUACAGAAGAGCAGAAACCCGCAGAAGUAGAAUCAAAACCUGCUGAGGACCAAAAACCAGCAGAAACAUCUGCAGAAGUAGAAUUAAAGCCUGAAGAACAGAAACCUUUGGAAGUGGCAUCCCAACCUCCAGAGGAACUAAAACCCCCAGAAACACUUGAAAAACCUGAAGAAGUAGAAUUAAAACCUGCAGAAGAGGAGAAACCCGUAGAAGUAGAAUCAAAACCUGAAGAGGAGAAACCCGUAGAAGUAGAAUCAAAACCUGCAGAAGUAGAAUCAAAACCUGCAGAAGAGGAGAAACCCAUAGAAGUAGAAUCAAAACCAGCAGAAGAGGAGAAAAUCGUAGAAGUAGAAUCAAAACCUGCAGAAGAGGAGAAACCCGCAGAAGUAGAAUCAAAACCUGCAGAAGAGGAGAAACACGCAGAAGUAGAAUCAAAACCUGCAGAAGAGGAGAAACCCGUAGAAGUAGAAUCAAAACCAGCAGAAGAGGAGAAACCCGCAGAAGUAGAAUCAAAACCUUCACAAGAGGAAGACAAGCCAGCAGAAGUAGAAUCGAAACCAGCAGAAGAGGAGAAACCCGUAGAAGUAGAAUCAAAACCCGCAGAAGUAGAAUCAAAACCCGCAGAGGAACAGAAACCCGCAGAAGUAGAAUCAAAACCCGCAGAGGAACAGAAACCCGCAGAAGUAGAAUCAAAACCCGCAGAGGAACAGAAACCUGCAGAAAUUGAAUCAAAACCAGCAGAAGCGGCUAAAACUGAAGGUGAGAAAUCACCAACAGAGGACAAAGGAAGCGAAGCAGCCGAGGCUGCAACAAAGAGUCAAGUAUCCGAGGAGCAGUCUGAGUCAGCAGGUGACGCCCCAGGGGCGGGUUGUGCACCGCUGUCCGCCGAGGAGGGCGCUGGUGACGCAGGCAAAGUCGAACCGGCAGCUUCAGAGGCCCUUCCGUCAGCCGACUCCGAACAGGCUACGGACGAACCGAAGAAAGCCGAGGAAUCAACGAAAGAGGCCGAGGCGAAGGAGGGGGAGGCUCCUGCCCAGGGUGAGGUGGCGGCUUAGCGGACGUCAAUCGUGCAGACUGGCCAAUCGACUCUUUCACGCCAGCGGCGGACAGUUGGGCGAACAGGGGGUGCAAGUGGAGGGCGGGUUGGGGUGGAACCGGUUGUGUGGUUUGGGGUGGAUCUUGAUAGAUAUAUAUCUCUAUUCUUACCAGGGGGCAAUCACUUACCUAUGCAAGUUUGAUCUUGUUUCAUGACAAGUUGAUUCGUGUUACCGAUUUUACAUUCGAAUUAACUUCUUCUUUUCUUCAUUCGCUGUUGUUUCACCCUCUUUGUUAUUGUUAUUACGCUGUAAGAUGAAUACAUAUAUAUAUAUAUAUAUAUAUAUAUAUAUAUAUAUAUAUAUAUAUAUAUAUAUAUAUAUAUAUAUUUAUAUAUAUAUAUAUAUAUAUAUAUAUCACAUAUACACGUGCAUAAAUGUAAUGCACGCAAGGGCGCAUAUUGGCUUGAAUACCUGUUGAUGAAUGACGUGAGACUCAAAUAAAAGUCUGUACCUAC